AGCAGACUCCCCGCUAAACAGGGAACGGGAUGUGGGACUCAAUCCCAGUACCCUGGGAUCAUGACCUGAGCCAAAGGCAGAUGCUUAACCGACUGAGCCACCCAGGUGCCCCAGCUACCUAGCUUUCUCGCAGACCACGGUGGCUCAGUGCACUGUCACCGUUUCCAGCCCAUCCAGUUCCCAGUUCCCACACAGCCUGAAGGAGCAGAUGUGAACAAAUACUUCACCUCUCUGUGUGUCUGUUCUCUUCCUCUUUUAGUUACAUCAAUAAUGCCGGCCUCAUAGGUUUGUGAAGCAUGAAGUUCUCACUAGUGCCUUCACAGGAGAGAUUUUUUACAUUGUAAGGGCUCUCUGAAAGCUCUACGUUCAGCCCUCAGAAAGCUGUUAUGAAAAAAUGAACAACAUUAAGUAGGUGUUUCCAAGGGGGAAUGAAAGGCAAGGGGAAAAUACUGGAUUUCCGCGGACAUGAUACAUGUGGCCCAUGCCUCAUGUUCCGAUGCAGGACAUUCUGCUCAGAAGGCAACUAGCAGUGAACGGGAACAGAGAAAAUGGUCAACAGCAAACUGGCAGUAGGACUGAUCUUCUUAACACAGACUGUGGUUGGCACCCUGGGCAAUUUCUCACUUCUUUGUCAUUACAUCCUCCUUUCCUUCACUGACUACAGGUUGAAGUCCACAGACUUCAUUCACAAGCACCUGAUUGUGGCCAACUUCUUAACGCUGCUCUGUAAAGGAAUCCCCCAGACCAUGGCAGCAUUUGGGUGGAAACAUACCCUUAGUCACCUCGGAUGUAAACUUCUUUUCUUUCUUCACAGGGUGGGGAGGGGAGUGUCCACUGGUAGCAUCUGCAUCUUGAGUGUCUACCAGGCCAUCACGAUCAGCCCCAGAAACUCCUGGUGGGCAGAGCUCAAAGUAAAGGCUCCCAAGUACAUCGUUCCCUCUAUCUUCCUGUGUUGGAUGCUGCAAAUGUUGGUAAAUGUUAUUUUUCCUGUCUAUAUAACUAGCACCUCGAGUGACAAAAACAUCACAAAUGUAAAGGAUUUUGGAUACUGUUCUUCGGUUCUUACCGACAAAACCAGAAACUCAUUGUAUGCAGCGCUGUUAUCAUUCCCUGAUGUGCUCUGCUUGGGGCUCAUGCUCUGGGCCAGCGGCACCAUGGUUUUCAUCCUGUACAGGCACAAGCAGCGGGUCCAACAUAUACGAAGAACCGCCUCCUCCCCCGAGUCCAGAGCCGUGAAAACCAUCCUUCUCCUGGUGAGCACCUUUGUCUAUUUUUACACCCUCUCCUCUGUCUUUCAAGUUGUUUUGGCCGUUUCUGAUAAUCCCAACUGGAUCCUCGUGAACAUCGCUGCAAUCAUGGCUGCGUGUUUCCCAGCUGUCAGCCCCUUUCUGCUCAUGAGCCAUGAUUCCAAGAUACACAGGCUCUGCGUUGCCUGGACGGGGAAUAUAAAAUCCCCUCAUCUUAUGAGAAAUAUGUAAACUGUAUGUAUUUCUACAAUGUACAGUUGCCAAUUCAUUCAUCCCCCUCAGGGUCCUAAAUCAAAUGAGUCCAAGAGAACAGUAAACAGGAUAUGCUGAGUAUCCUCUUCAAAAUAAAUAAGAAAUCAGGACAAUAUUGUAAUGAAACACCAUUAUCUUCUAAAUACUUAUAGAACAGAACUUUUCCUAAUACUGCCAGUAAAGGAGUUCAGAAUUAUGCAAUAAUAAACAUCAGGUCUUGACACCAUCUAGAUAUUACAGAGAAGUCUUCAAGCCUGUGGCUUUCAAACUAAUAAAUCUCCGAGAACUGCACUUGGCAUGAAAUUUCAGGAAAAGGUACAUGAGCAUGGGUUAGAAAAUAAUGUCCCCACACAUAAGGAAUAGCCUGGGUGGGGCUGGAGGAAACACCCAUUCUCA